AUGUCCCCUUGUCUGAAUGGCUGUAAUCCAAACAAAUUAGCUCAUACAAUCCCUGUUGGAGGCAGGGGUGUGCCCACAAUAUUCAUCCCAGUGCGCCGCUCCAGAGCUCACUGCAAACACAUUACCUUGCCUCGCUGCCCAAAUGCAUACCAAAUAACCCAUAUAAAUCAUACAAUCUGGGCCAAGUCAAUGCGAGCCGGCUAUUUUCCCUGUUUUCUAGUUAUUUCCACUGUGCCAUCAUUCAGCACAGCUCGCAUCACUCAGUCCGCGGCUCUCACAACUAUUGCCGGAGUGGCCCAGUUUAGAGCCCACAGAGGCUUCCUGAAGUAA